GGCAAGACCUGCACUGGCUCCCGCCAAAGCACCUGAAGCAGCAUUCGCGAUUCGCUUUGUCUGCACUCCUCUCAUAAGCGGCAAGGCUAAUUGUGGUAGGUGGAAAGAGGGGCUCCUUAGUUGUGCCACCAAUGGCAUCAGCCGUUCCGGGGGUUUGGUUGCUCAGCAUCGCUGCAAGCUGAUCUGUAGAAUCAGCCUCUUUAGCAAUCAUUCAGAGGCUAGAAGGCAUUGCUUGGCGCCUGUCAUUCGAGUUGCGGCGGACGGACGGGAGACGCCAAUCUGCUCAAGUAGACAAGGCGCUGUUGAAGCGAGAGAAGAGUUAGAAUACGCACAAGCGGAGGCAUCGGCAGUCGGGCCUGACAAUGGUUCCACGAAAGUGUGCCCCCGGUGCGGUCAUGCGAAGCUGCUGUGCGACUUUGAAAUGAGGAAGUACGUCGAGCUGCACAAGGAUGAGUGCCGCGCGUGCUCCGCAGCUCUUAGAGCAAAGAAGUCUGGCGCAAAGAAUCAUCAGCUCACGUUGAGUGUCGAGGAAGCCUGGGAGAGGGCUCGGAAGUGCUCGCGCUGCGGGCUUGUGAAGGAGCUGCGUGACUUCGGGUCGGACAUCAGCAGAAAGGAUGGAUUCAACUUGCGCUGCCGGGGCUGCGUAGCGCUGUAUUGCAAGACAUAUCCGGCCAAAGCUCCUGCGGACACUCCCCAGUGCUGCAAUCGCUGCGGGAAGGUCAAGCCCCCGGACGACUUCGCGUCGUGCAAGAGAGCUCGCAGCGGCCUUCACCCAACCUGCAAGAUCUGCUGCAGCGACCACAACCGGCUUGAGUAUGUCAAACGGAAGAAGUCCGGCGUUCUUGUGCAGCCGAUGAUGAAGCGCUGCAGGGUGUGCCAACUGCGCAAGCCCCCCGCUGAGAUGAAGAAGGUACCAGGCGCCGUCGAUGGUCUGGACAGUCUUUGCAAGGCAUGCGACAGCGUCAGGUCAAAGCGACAAUGGAGGGCCAGGAAAGAGGGCACCGCACUCAAAGCAACGCCCUCCGAGUCUUAGGUGCCCCUGGAAGCAACAAACUGUCCGCCGUAUUGACGAAAAGGUACUCUUUAGUGGGGACUCCUCGAGCUCUCCUGGAUUCCGGCUUCUGUUCGGUCAUUGGAAGGAAGGUCUUUGAAAAGGGCUCGGACCACAUCCACGAGAAGGACGGCAUCUGGGCCGUGCUGGCGUGGCUUCUGAUCCUGGCGCCACAAAACAAGGCAGCUCGCAGCUCGUGACGGUGAGACACAUGUGCGCGAGCGCUGGAGACCUACGGCCGCCAGUGUUACACGCACUUCAACUGUAAGCGUGUGCUGCCGGAUGCCGCUGAGGAGCUCAUGGCGAACCCCUUUUGAACCAGCAAAGCGGGUUGAUUGAGCCGAUACGUCGUUAGUAGAUCGACUUCUCGGCGGCUGUGGUUGAGACGGGUGACGCGUCUGAGUAUCAGGUCAUAUGCACGGCACUGUCGCCCAGCACCAGUCAUGCGCCUAGUUGGACAGAUGUUGGCCUUGAAGCAAGCAUUCACCGGUGGUCAAACCACCAUCUACAAUGGCAAGUAUCGGCCUUGAAGCAACAGUCCACCGCGGUCACACCACCAGCUUCGUGCACCAUGCUAUGCGCAUAAACAGUGUAUGGCAUGAGGGUCUAUAAGGGUAUGUCACUUCGUUAACGCGA